AUGGAAGAUCAUUCACAAUAAGGAUAAGACUAAAUAGAUACUUCAGAAGAUUAAAAAUACUAUAGUGAGAUUUUAAGUAAAUUGAAGAAGAUAGACCCAAAGAAACUGAAUGUUGUUUUAACUUUAGGAGGCUCUUUCUAUCCUAUUCACUUGAAUCAUCUAAAAACUAUUGAAUGCGCUCAAAGAUAGAUCCAGGUAAUGAGACCUGAUAUAAACAUCAUAGGUCUCUUCUUAAUUCCGACUUAGAUAGAAUGCUUAGCUAAAAAGUUGAAUGUUAAGCAAAAGGAGUUAAGAGAUAUUGAUAUUCACAGAUUAAAGAUGUGCUAAAUUAUUGUCUAAGAUCAUCCAGAUAUCAUGAUUUAUAGCUACCUGUAUAACUAAUCGACAAAUAAAGGACUAGCUGUGGCUACUCUUCGUCUUUAAGAUACUUUGAAUAAAUACUUUAGGUUAUGCCAAAUGUAGAAGUAAGAUCAAAUUUAAGCUAUCACAGUUACAGGUAUUGAUAAAUUUGAACUACUUGCAAGAAAAUCUAAAAAUGGCCCUAUUGUUUUUGUUGAGAACAGACCUAGCUAAAAUAUUAGCAUUCAUCCUUAAUAAAUAAUAGAAAAAAAUAAGCUUCAGAAGUAUUAGUAGAAUAUUAUUAUAAUAGAAGAUAAAGAAAACUCACAAGAAAUGAGUUCUACUUUAGUAAGACAGCUUUGCAACUCUGGCUAAGACUUUUCAGCAUACACUGGGGCUGAUUUAUACAAUUAUCACCUAUAAAAUAACAUCAAGUAUGUAAACGCAAAUGUUUUAAAAGAAGAGAAGAUAGAAGAAAAAAUCGUCUUGGAUAUCCCUAAUUUAGAGGAUAUAAUUAAAUUUAGCUAUGAUUCAAUUAAGUAUGAAGAAAUUACAGACUUAGAUUUUACUUAAUAGCUUGGAUUUGGAGUUUAAGCAUCCGUUCACAAAGCUACCUAUAAAGGUAGGCCAGUAGCUGUUAAGGUUUACUCACUAGAGAAGGAAAAAUCUUAGAAAAUUAAAUGCUUUUUAAGGGAAUUGAGAGCUUUAAUUUUAAGUAGGCACCCAAAUGUAGUACAUCUAUAUGGAGUUGGACAGUAUAAACACUUGUUUUAUUUAGUCUUAGAACUUACUUCAAACUAAAAUGUUUUGGAUUUCAUCUGUAGAAAUAGAAAGAAUUGGGAUCAAAAACCAUUUAACAACGAAUUUAUCAGGGCUUUAAGUGAACUUUCUUUAGGCUUACAUUAGAUGUCUGUUUCUGGGAUCCUGCACAGAGAUAUUCAAACAAAAAACAUUCUAAUUAGCCAUUCAGAUCAAAACUUUGAUUAUUAAAAUCUUACUCAGUUAGAUAAAAACUGCACCUUAAAAAUCUGUGAUUUUGGUUUGAGUGCGAUUGAAGAAGAUAAGGAUUCUAUUGUUAGAGGUAGUACAAGACAUUACUCUCCAGAAUCCAUGGAAGAUAAAAGGAAUUAUUAUCCUCAAAGCGAUGUUUACAUGCUUGGAAACUCUAUUUGGGAAAUGGUAUAUACUAAAAUUAUAUUUACUCAUUCUAAUGUAGGUGAAGUGCAUAAAACAGUUAUUUCAGGAGAAAGAGAAGAAUUUGAUGACAAAUGCCCACCAGAAAUCUAGAGCGUUAUUGAAAAAUGUUGGAAACAUAACUAUCUAGAAAGACCCUCCUUUUUAGAAAUAUCUAAUGACUUAAAGCAAAUUUAUAUGUAAAAUUUAGAAUCUGAAAAACAUAAUUAAGAUAUCAAGUAACCAAUUUAGCUAGAUGAUUAGCCAAAUUAAUUAAAUAUUUAAUAAAGCACAAAUUGA